AUGGCAACGGGGGGCAGACAGUUCUGCGCCCUUCAGCCUCAGUCACCGGCCCUUGCGCCUGCCUGGACGGAGCAGGGCGUGAUCCUCUUCCCCGUUCGGGUCAAGUUGCCCCCUGCGAGAGAGCUGGGAGGCGAGGGGGUGCAGGGGGUCCCCGGCCAACUUGCAGGCUGUCAGUGGGAUGGGAGCUGGGAGGGCCCGGGAGCCUCCCUCUCCUCCCUCCCGCUGCCUCCCUCUUCCCAGCCCCCGGGCCGAGACACCCCGGAGGACGUGGUGCUGGAGGCUCCGGCCAGCGGCCUGGCCUUCCACCCGGCCCGGGACCUGCUGGCCGCGGGGGACGUGGACGGAGACGUCUUCGUCUAUUCGUACUCCUGCCUGGAGGGUGGCAAUAAGGAGCUGUGGUCCUCGGGCCACCACCUCAAGUCAUGUCGGGCCCUGGCUUUCUCCGAGGACGGGCAGAAGCUCUUCACCGUCUCCAAGGACAAAGCCAUCCACACCCUGGAUGUGGAAGAGGGUCGGCUGAUCAGGCGCAUAUCAAUGGCCCACAGCGCCCCCAUCAACAGCCUGCUGCUGGUGGACGAGCACUGCCUGGCCACGGGGGACGACGCCGGCCGCCUGCGCCUUUGGGACCAGCGGCGGGACGGGCCCUGCAUGGACCUGCACGAGCACGAGGAGUACAUCGCCGACAUGGCCCUCGACCCCGCCAAGAAGCUACUCCUCACCGCCGGCGGGGACGGCUGCCUCGGUGUCUUCAACAUCAAGAGGCGGCGCUUCGACCUGCUCUCCGAGCCCCAGGCCAGCGACCUCACCUCCGUCGUCCUCAUGAAGCGGGGUAAGAAGGUGGCCUGCGGCUCCAGCGACGGGACCAUCUAUCUCUUCAACUGGGACGGCUUCGGGGCCACCAGCGACCGCUUCGCCCUGAAGGCCGAGUCCAUCGACUGCAUGGUGCCCAUCACAGACAACCUGCUGUGCACGGGGGCCACCGACGGCCUCAUCAGGGCGGUGAACAUCCUCCCAAACCGAGUGGUGGGCAGCGUGGGGCAGCACGCCGGCGAGCCCAUCGAGCGGCUGGCCCUGGCCCGGUGCGGCCGCCUCCUGGCCAGCAGCGGCCACGACCAGCGCCUCAAGUUCUGGGACGUGGCGUCGCUGCGCUCGCUGGUGGUGGACGACUACCGGCGGCGGAAGAAGAAGGGCGGCCCGCUCAAGACCCUCAGCGCCAAGGCCUGGGGUGGCGACGACUUCUUCGCCGGCCUGCGGGAGGAACCCGAGGCCCCGGAGGACGGAGCGGCGGACGACGACGACGGCGGCGACGACGACGACGACAGCGACUGAGAACGGUUGGGACUUGGCGGCGAGCGGGACUGAGAGCUUCGGAAGAGGGGGUUUGAGGCCGGGGGACCCCCCCCCCCCCCAAUAACUCAGGGAGGCCUUACUGACUCAGGGCUGGGACUUUUGGGAGGGAGAGAGGGCGUUUAUAGACUCUCAGGGGGCCAAAAGGCCCGUGGUCACUCCCUCCCCCUCCUCUCAUCAAUCACGAUUCUGGACAGGAACAAAAUACUUUAAUAAAUAACGAGCAAGAG